CACCGUGAACUGUUUCCGGCCGCUUUCAAAGCGGGUUUCGCUAACCUGCGCGGUUUAGCCGGACCUCCUGUGUCAUGUAAGACUUUGAAGACGGUUGAGAUGACGGGCACCUCUCCGGURAAUGUGAACUUUACUCUGAAAGAGCUCAGCUUUUCAGGUCCGGCGGAAGACRCCGUUCCGGGCGGCUCGAGCUCCGUGGAGCUGCGGGACAAGAAGCUGGUGUGUGUGGAGUAUCCGGCGGUGGUGAGCAGCGUGGACAAGAUGCUGGAGACUCUGGGAGGAGAGCAGACGAUAAGCAAAACCUACGGUGACGCCAACAGGCGCCUCGAGCUGCGUUUCCGACCCCAAGACCCUUUCUGUCACWGCGUGUGUGGAAACCGCCUCCCGGCCAGCAACCUCCUCCUGAAGGUGCGGCGGCGGACGCGAAAGAAAGACCCUAAAGAUGCCGAGCUCCGCAUGGARAUCGUGGGAAUCGUUGGGACGACGUACAAAUUCCAGGGGAUGGCAGAUUUUCAGUGCCUCGCCGUGCAUUCACAGGAUGGGAAAGACACGUCUCUGUACGACAAAAUCAUCCUCUGUAAACCUGAGAGCGAGGCCUUCUUUCAGCGGGACGUGCCUUGCUUCCUGCCCCCGGCCAUCUUCUCGCGCCUCGACAACCCUGUGGAUUAUUUCUACCGGCCCGACACCCAUGGACACUCCUCGGCGUCCAGCCAGUUAUCUGUCGGUAAGAAUGUCAUCGGCUUGAAUCGCGCCCGACGGCCGCACAACGCCAUCUUCGUCACCUUCACCGACCCGACGGUGCCGACCGAGUGCCUGGAGGCGGCCCGGCUGAACUGGGAUCGRCUCUGCCAGAAGGAGAGCGACAAGCGGGUCGAGGAGAAGAUGAGGGAGAUGUUUGAGAGCCGGCCCAUCUGGUCGCGGAACGCGCUCAAGGCCAACCUCGACAUCCACCCUGAGAAACUGAAGCUGCUGCUGCCCGUCUACGCCUACUACAUGGUGACCGGACCCUGGAGGAGUUUGUGGGUUCGUCUGGGCUACGACCCCCGAAAGAGCCCAGAGUCCAAGAAGUAUCAGAUGUUAGACUUCAGGGUCCGCUGCAGCACCAAACACGGUUAUUUAUUACCCAACAUACCUGUGAAAGCCAAAAGGAGCGCCCUGAACUACAAUUUACCAAUCACCAUCAACAAAGCAGGCCCUCAGGCAGCUACAGUGAUGGAUAUCCCCCCACCAGAGGGUCCGGGCUGCAGUCGGGAUUCAGCUCCAGCCUCGUACCAGCUGAAGGAGUCCUUCUACAUUUUCAGGGAUGGGAUGAUGCCCCCUCACAGACAAAUGUUCUACCAGCUUUGUGAUCUAGAAGUGGACAGUAUCAAAGAGGUGAUGCAGCAGAACARCGGUAAAGAGCAGGAGUGUGACGAGCGCGAUGGCUGGUGUGUCCUCGGCACCACCGACAAACUCAGGGACAUCAUCUCGACCAUGAUCAAGAAGGUCGUGAGAGCCAAGAAACCAGCCUUUGUUCAAGUGUCUAAAAAAAGACGACGCCUAAAUAUGAGCUCCCCAGAGAUGGAUGAUGAAGAGGAGGAGGAGGAGGAGGAAGAAGAGGAGGAGGAGGAGGAAGUGGAGUGUGAGAAUAAAGAAGAUGAGGAGGAGGAGGAAGAUGAAUUUCAGCCGUCUGAGGGAAGCGAAAACGAGAUGGAGACAGAAAUCCUGGACUAUAUGUGACAAAACGACUCGUCUUGCUUAUAAAAGUUUAUCUGUUUCUGUAAAAUGUUUUUCAUUUUGAUAAUAUGAAAAUAAAAAAGUAAUAAAAUCAUG